AGGAAGUUAGUUAGAAUUUAGCAUAUACUACAUCAUGUAUAUAUAUAUAUAUGAUUAUUAUUUUGUAUUAUGAUAUUUUAAAACAUGGAUGAAUUGAGUUGGUAAUAUGACAGAUUGUUCUAAGUGUUCUUUAACAGCGUAGUUAUUUUAACCUUAGAAAAGAAAGAAGAAAAGGAGGAGUAAGCCCUAAGCCCUUUAUUCUUCCCGCCAGCACUUCCCUUCUCCAGCUGCCGAGUGUCGCCGCCGAACCGCCGCUCCAUCUCUCUGGUUCAGUGCUUCCACUGCUGUGUUUCAUCCUCUCCUCCCGCUGGAGCCUCCUUCUAUUCCUUUGUUUCUGCUGCUAUUCUCAUAUUGAAAUACUUCGGACUUAAUUAGCUUUGAGUAUGAGUAGCGAGGUAGAUGCUCUUAAAAAUGUAGAAGGCUACAAACCUCCAGCAGAAUUUGAGGAAGACAAAAGGGAAUUUCUUACUGAUAUUUCUUUGACUGACUCUGAAGAGUUGUGGCUUAUUCAAUGGCCUGCUAACCAAGCCCCAGAUUUUGAUGGGCAAGAAUUUUCUCUUCAACUUCACCCAGAUGGACAUAUGGGCAGCUUUCAGGGUUCAUCAGGAAAAUCAUAUGAUGUGAUCAGCUGUGUGGCUCAAGAACCUGAGGCUUCUGUUUUUCUACCAUCUUCAUCGGACACCAGAUUAGUUGGAAAGAUUUCCCGGCGGAUUUCUCUUGUGCAUUACCCAGAACCUGAAGAACUCGAAAAGGCCACCAUCCCUUUGAAAUCACUGUACCAAAAAUCUUCUGGAAUUUCAUUGACCAAUUCCCGUCAAACUACGACAUCCAGAGGCCCACACUCGAGCAGUAGAAGAACAACCUCUUCAAGAAGUAGCAAACCUAGAAGUUCAGUAUCUGAAUUCACAGAACCAUCAAAGACUUCAAGUGUUAAACAGGAACUGGAAUCUACCGAGUCCAGAGAUCAUAAAAGAAAAGAUUCAUCAAAAAGAAAACGCUUGCAUGAACCUAGUAGAUCAAUUGAUCACUCAACUCGAGAUUCAGGACACGGUAAUAGUGCAGUAACCUCCUCAGGGUCUGCUGAGAGAUCUAGUGAAGGUAAAUCAAAAAAGCAAAAGAAAUGAAUCAGGUUUCCACAAACUUGAAGUAUUCAUUAGUUUUUGACAAGUUCUAUAGUUUGCCUAUUCUCUUAUUCUCCAUUUUCCUUUGCUUGGACUAAAUUCUCGAGCAAUUGUUGUACGUCAUAGCCCAUGGAAAGUUCUUUCUCAUAUCAGAUUUACUAUAAGUUACAUUGAGUACUUAAUUAAUUAAUGUUAAUUUUGAAUUAAUAGUAAAUGUUUGUUAAUUUGUAACCUAUCGGUUCAGAGUAUGUAUUAACCGUUGAGUUAUUUUCUGAUUUUUGUAAAUUAAUAGUUAACCUGGGUUUGAGUUGAAUGUAA